CUACUGGGGUGUUGUGCAGCGGCCAGGGGCGUUCCGCUGCUGGCCGGAGCCGCUGCACGGAGCCCUCUCCGCCCUGGAGGCAUGCUGUCGCCGUGCGAGAGAGCCGCCCUCCACUGCACGCUGACGGCCGCGCUCUGCCUCCUGGCCUGCGACUCCCUCGACGUGCACCUGGGCAGGGCCGUCUCCAGGAGCGUCUUCCAGCACAAGGGGCUCAGGCACGUGGUCGCCGUUCUCUGCGAUCAUGCCGACGCGCUGCUCUGGGAGCGGGAGGUCGCCGGGACGGGCUCGACGUACAUCGCGACCCCGAGGCCGAGCGGGGCGGAGGUGCGGCGGGUGCUCGGCGAGGCCACCACGUCCGUGGGCGUCUUUCUACACACGGGCUGCGCUGAGACGCUGCGCGUCCUGCGGCAGAGUUCUGCGGCGGAUCUGCUCGGCGGCGGCCGCCACUGGGUGCUGGCGGGGAACGCCUCCUCGACGAAGGCCGAGAUGCGGGAUCUCGCCGAGAGCCUCGACCUGCGCCCGGACAGUGAGGUGACGCUGGCGUCGCUGGCCUCGGACGGACGCACCGUGCACCUGGUGGACGCGUUCCGGCCGACGGUGAGGUCUCGGGGGCCCGUGCACAUGCAGCUGACGGGGACCUGGACCGAAGCCGCGGGGUACGCCGCGUUCCUGCCGGGCACGACGUCCUCCAGGAGGCGUAACCUCUACGGCACGGUGCUGCGGGCGGGAGUUCUGGUGAGCGGCUACCGGGAGGCCGACCUGCCGCACGUGCUGGGCAAGCCCAAGGACAACGCGCCUCUGGUGUCUGACGUGGCCGCCUUCAGCCACACCCUCGUCUCCCACCUCCAGGACAUGCUCAACGUCUCGCUGCGCCUCCAGGGCGGCCACUACUUUACGCUGCUGCGGCGCAUCGGCCGGGGCGACCUGGACCUGCUCGCCACCGCCACCGAGAUGCAGGCCAAGUACUGGGACGUGAUGGACUACGCUUGCAUGCCGCUGUGGACCGAGCGCCGCGUCAUGGUGCUCAAGAACCCCUCGGCGCUCUGGUCGUACAACGCCUGGCUGCGCCCGCUCGACGCCAAGGUGUGGUACAUCCUAGUGACGCUGGUGCUCUGCACGGCAGUGGUGCUGCGCGCCGUCGGCUACUGGGAGGUGCACUUCGACCAGGGUCACGUCGCCGAGGAAGACUCGUGGGCGUCGGCCGUCACCACGGCGCUCAGCAUGGUGUGCGCCCAGGGGUUCACGACAACGACCAGCUGGACCAGCAGCCGCACUCUGCUGCUCGUGUUCGAGUUCUUCAGCCUGUUUGUCAACCUGUUCUACUCCAGCGGCAUCGUCACGUUCCUGCUCACCUUCCCGCCGCCGUUCGCUCACGACGUCCGGGACAUGAUCGACAGCCCGUUCGUGAUCGGCGCCGACCAGGACGUCUUCAGCCGCGCCAACUUCACGAAGUCCUCGGACGCGCUGAUGCGCGAGCUAUACGACAGGAAGAUCAACGAGACGGUCGGCGGGGGUGGCUUCGUGGACCUGCGGGAGGCAAGCGCGCGGGCGCGCCACGGCAGGUUCGCCGUCGUCGGCUCUCCCUUCCCGAUGUACGAGAUGCUCGCCACGACCUGGUCGCAGUCCGACAUCUGCCGCUUCCAGGAGCUGCCCCUGCUGCCGCCGGCGCUGCUCGGGCUGGCCACCCCUAAGAGGUCGCCUUACCGGGAGCUCAUCAACCAGGCGCUGCUGCUGCUGGUGGAGCGGGGGCAGCUCGCACGGGAGCGCCUGCGCUGGUCGGUGCUGCGCCCGAGGUGCGCGCUGAGCGACGUCACCGAGCUCGACUACGUCGGCCUCCGCCAGGUCACCCCGCUGCUCAGCUUCGUGGUGGGCGGCGUCGUGCUCAGCCUGCUCAUCCUGACCCUGGAGCUGCUGACCGCCAACUCCAAGUACAAGGACAGAGACAAUCCUGUCAUCGACCUGUUGAAGGAAGUGACACAGAUCAACACCGAGUCCAGGAAAAAGCAGGCGUAGAUAGUGGUGUAUCUACGAGAAGGGUGAGUUCGUUUUGGGGGAGGGAAAAAAAUAAUGAACAUCAGAGGGUUUCGCAUCGGCGCAUGUUUUUAUAUUCCUUAUACUUUCGCGUGCGCUUUUCGGCACGAAAGAAGCUUCGCGACCAUACAGCUUGUCAAAGUUUAUUAUAAAUAGUUGAAAGUCGUUUUCUACAAACUAAUGUCAUAAAUAUGC